UUGAUUUCUUUAGAGCCUCGAGCAAGAAGGUUUUGAAACAGAAAAUUCUAUCUUCGAAAACGCUAUUUUCCUCAAAAAGAUUUUUAGAAGAGAUUCAAAGAACCAACAUCCAUAGAUUGUGAUAGUGUGACCCUAUACUAGGGAUGGAUCACAGUUAUGGCAGAUCAAAAAUAUUCCAGCAAAUACAAACAGAAACACUGGGGAGUACCAAAAAUAAACAUAACAGCCAGCCAUGGUCGCAGCCCAUUAUAUGACGGUAGGGCAGUAGGAGACAAAGCCACAGCCAUCAGUGCUCUGGCAUCAUUACAUCAUCCUAGUCCGUCUGUCAGCAAUGGAAGGAUUCAAGCUUCUAGAGCUGGUGGUAUAGUUACUAGGUCUAARCAUGCACAAGGGACAACAAUAGAAGAUGCUAAUGCUUCGCCAAAGAGAGAAGAUUAUAAAACUGCUGAGAGGAUUGAUCAAGAUGAGAUGAACAAAUCUGAAGGGCAACAGGAGAGUUUGGAAAGAAUUCAAUCUCAAGUUAUCAAUAAAAGAUUGACUACAGUUUGUUCUGAACCUGGAAAAUGUCAAGCUGGUGGAGAACUUCGACUGUCCUGUCUCUCUGAGAUGGGUUUAAACAUUGAAGUCCCACCUUCUUAUGCACUUGUUGGUUGCAAGUCUCCUAUUCUUCCUGGAAUAAUGCUUGUUGCUGCUGUUGAUAAACGAUAUCUUCCAGAUGAAGAGACCAGCACAACCAUGCUUGGGUUUAGUGGUAAUUGUAUUGGUUGUGGUGCCAAAGGUUUCAGAUAUUUCACUGAGUUUUCACAGCAUAUAAACCUGAGACUUGCUACUCAACCCAAGAAACAAAAACACAUGAAAUACUAUGUAGUGAAAGAUGGAAAUGGAAGACUACGUAAAGGGAAUCUUAUUCCUUGGAGAGUAGAGGGCCGUAAACGCAGYAUGCCGAUGUCUGGAUCUUUUGUYGUACCAGUGGAUGAGGAUACCCCMAAUGAUCAGUCAUCAGUUAGUAUAGUAUCAGGUCCUCCUAUAGUUAGUCAGAAUCCUCAAACUAUAGCAACAUCCAGUAAUGGUGAUGGUAUAAAUUACCAGUCGCCRUCAAUGAUGACUCAGUAUAGUGGUCCUCCAGCAGCUAAACGAAACAGAUGGGAAAGUGGAGGAAGUGAUAGUGAGCUUACCUAUGUUGGUGAUGGCGAGAACAGCCCUGCACCAUCAAGCCAAGAAGUCUCAAGAGUUGAGCUUCCUAACAAACCAUGGCUAACAACGGCAUGUGGUGUGUGCCCUGUACUUCUUCUAUGUCAGCAUUCCAUCCCCAACGUUCCUUGUAGUGUACAUGACAUUAUAGUGAGUGAUCUUUUGGUGGGAUGUUUUGACCCGCCUCAAGUCAGUGACCACAACCAGUUUGGCAACUUUACAGGAGCUUAUAACACAGGGGAAUCCUUGUCACAUUCAAGUAGGGGACCCUCAUCCAGCCAAGCACGAUAUUACCAGUCAUCAUUAAGCCCCUUGACGACCCAGAUGGCUAUACUUCUAAUGAUACAGUAUCUAUCACAGUUUGACGAGGAUGAUCGCAUCAUGAGAGAAGAGGUUGAGUCGCUGCUUCAAGAUGCACAGCUUGAGUUGUCAGCAGGGUACCAGCACUCUCAUAUUCUUGCCCAAAGUAACCUUCUAACUCAUGUGCAACUACCAAUCCUUGCUAAUCUAGCAGCUGUACCAUCUAAAGGAAGAGUUAAAAUUGUAACUUCUCCUGUGUCUUUGGAGAAUGCAAUAGUCAGAGGCUUGAAGUUCAUUAUGGAUAUCAUCAAACACAACCAAACCAAGUUCCCUAAAGUGCCAAUGCCUGAUUAUAUUUUUCUACUGGCAACUUCACAGAAGAAAGCUCCAGAGUUUUGUGUACUGGUUAGUGGAGUAAACCAAGCUCGUUAUUUGACAGAGGCAAUGAUUGGUCACCCUGUGGGAGCAAGAAUCACAGAUAAUGUGGCCAAGUUAGAACAGCUGUUUAGACUCUCUAGUGAUGCUCUUGAACAGCUUGUCAGUAGUUAUGAAGAAGCCAUGUGCCAUGAAAGCAAGCUGGUUUAUGUCCCUUUUAAUGGAUUUGCCAGGAUGAAAGUACCAGAAGAUGAGGCACUUAAACUUGAACCAAAGGUCACCAUUACWUCAUUUCARCACUAUGGACAGAAAACCAACACUGUGUACUCUACACAAAACCAAAUUGCCAAGCAACUUGUAUCMCARGUCUGCUCCAUUGCAGAAAACUCAAGUUCCCUAGACAUCAACAGAUUUGUCAAUGUUGACUUUGCCAUUGUUGUCCCACCUAUCAAUACUUUAUUCAAUCAAACCGUWCAGCGUCUUGCRGACUCUGCUGUCCUUGCUGAUYUAGAGUUAGAAGAUGAAAAUAGAGCAACAAUGUUUGAUGCUGGAUUGAGCUACGUAAUCAAGCAUGAUGACAGUGAUGACAGCCAAGAAAAACUGUCUACAUUUCUGAAGAAAGUCCAAACACAGCCUAUUACCCUGUUUAUUUUGAUCUUUGAUCAAGCUCAGUUCUACUCCAGACCCCGUGGUGUCCUAGACUUGCCUUUUUAUAAGGAGUUUCUAGAAGCUUCUAAUGUGGUUCCGUUGUUUGUUACAUCUGCACCAUAUUUGUUUCAAACUAACUGUUCCUUUAUUGACCCAGAGAAUGAAGUCUAUUGGACAGAUUCCAGGAGUGAUUCUGAUUCAAGUUCUGUUACGUCAACUCCAAUAGAGGAUGACCAAUAUGUUGAUGAUCAAGACAGUAUGUAUUUUGGUCUCAAGGAGUACUGCGAUUCCAUCAAAUGGACUCAUCAGUUUCCUUUAUUUCGACAAGAUGAUGCUUUUGAAAGAAUGGCCCUGAGAACAACUAGGGCAACAGAGGAUGUUAAUGUAAGCGUCCUGCGAUGCUACCUACUUAUUCGUCAUUACUGUGCAGCCAUCAUGUGGUCRGCUGGUAUCAAGCCUGCAGAACCUCACUGCACAUUGAAAACAAUCCAAAUCAUCCGUGAGAUYAUUGAGUCACCUUUAAGAAAUGCAGAUGGUAGUGGAUCCAUGUUAGCUAUUAGAAUACCAUCUGGAGAACUGGCAAUGAUGGCYUAUGAGAGUCUGAAGGUCAUACGAGAUAGACUUGGAUUCCAGUACAGGUUUGCUGUCAUACAUGACAAUGGGAUGGGUGAGCUGGAGAUUGAAGAGUAUUUCCUGAAAAGACUCAGAUUUUGGAAAACCCAAAGAGGUCUUUUGGAUAGUAAUACAGUUGAGAACUGGCACCCAAGAUGUUAUGAAGAGUUGCUUGAUUUGCCAUGUAUAAUAUUAUUAAGUGGCAGGGAGCGUACAGGUGAAACAUUUCCAAGGUCUUUGAAGUAUAUCGACAUUCGAUUAAUAGACCGUGGUUUUCUGUACCGGUCAUCUUUGGAACUGGAAUUCAGUGCAAUUGCUUGCUACAUCAGUACAGGGGUAGGGCCAAGGAAUGCAGGGGUAGAAGAAGGAACUAUGGCCGAGGGGGAUGAUAAUAAAGAUGAUUCAAGUACAAGUAGUGUCCCUACCAAGACAAGCCACUAUUCUUCCAAUUAUCCACUUCCAGUCAUACUAGUGUCGCGGUCAGCAUUCAAAGCUUUUCAAACUGAUUUCUACGGCUAUCCCAAGCACCUACUGCUCCCAACCACACCUCAAACACGCUGGAUUGGCCACGGACGUCCUCAUCUCGUGACGUCCAAUCCAGCUAAUCAAUCCCUCUACUAUCGUAAAUGGACUGAACCUAAGCCGAGUAACCUAGUGGGAACACAAUGCAGCUCMGUGAAUAGCAGAACAGUGAUAAGCAUGCGCAGUGCCAGUGGCAUAGUUAUUAGUCCGGAUAUCCCUGAUGUUGUGGAGGAAGAUGGCAUGUCAGCUGUAGAAACUAUGACCGAAACACCAAGGCAGGCAUCAGUUGCUGGAAGCGAGACCGAGGAUAAUACUGGGGAAGACAGCAAGCCAAACAGUCCAUGUCAGAAGCAAACCAGUGAAGAACGAGAACCAAAAACUGUUAGAAUUGCGCCCGAUACCAGGACAAGCAGUCAAAGAUCUAUGCCAACACCMCAGAGCAAUGCCUCAGAAUCAGACACAGAAGCAGGAACCAUGGCAACAACAGAUGAUGAGAGUGAUAACGAGACAAGUGGAUCAAAUAAGUACCAUCCAAGGUCCAUUUUGUUCAGUGGUCUUCCACAGGUUGGAAAAACUGGAGCUUACUUGCACUUUGCACGGCUACUGCACCGUAUGCUAAUCAAGCUGCAAAAAGUUGAUGUUUAUGAUGAAAUGCCAUUUGUCCAGGAAUCAACACCAGAUACAAAGGAAACAACAUUGAAAGCCGCACAACCAGCACACCUUGAAUUCAAGGUCAUCUCACAGUUGUCAUUUAACUCUGAGUUGAAAGGACACCGCUUUGCUAAGAACAGUCCAUUGAUGUUAUAUUCCAGUAAAAAGGAAGCACAGACAGCAACAGUCAAAAAGACCAAGACCUCYCCUGACAGUACUCCUCAUGUUACCUCAGUGUUAUUAUCAUCUUGGGCUGCACAUGAUAUAUGUCAUCAUUGUGACAGCUGUAAACCUUACCGUGAUGGCAUAGGUCCGACUACGUCUUUGUACCACAUUUACCAACUAGACUCUGGUGAAAGCCUUCAUUUCCUAAUCCCUCCAACACAUGCUGGCAAGUUCACCUUCACUGAUGACAAGAAACUUCAAAGUCUAAAGCUUCCCAAGGUGUUAGUUAAGGGAUCUAAUGGAGAGGUUGUUUCUUUGAAAAAUGAAGGAGAGUUUAAUAGUAAACCUGCCAUAAUGAGUCCAAUUAUGAUACCCAGUACAGGAAGACAUGAAACAGGUCUGCUAAACCUCUACCAUGCCCUUGAAGGAGAGAGCCAUGUCCAACUGGUUUUUGUCAAGCAUCAAGAGAUGUCAUUGUACAACAAAAUGUGGCCAAACCAUGUUAUUGUUGGUCUUCCCAAGGAAUGCGAUAAUGAAGGCAUUGGUGCUGCAAGGUUCUUCAUCAAGGAAUUUGCCUCACAGAAUUUCUUCAAAGAGCGUUUACGUCAAGAUGUGAGUGGUAGCAGUGAUCACGAUAUCUGGCCGAUGAUGCUUAUGAUGGAUGAUUCAUGUGUACUUUGGCAAAAUCUACUUGAUGGGCCUAAAGUCGAUGAYGCUGCCAACAAAGAAGGAACRUCCAUACCAUUCAAUGCCAACUGCUCCCUUCUCAAGAUCAUGAAGACUAUAGAAUCAACACCUGACGUUACCAAAUAUGGUGCUAUUGGCUUUGCUCAUUUCAGCAGCAAAACCCAYCACAUGACCAAGCCAUCUUUCUCCAACACCCCCCUGGAUACUGCUGUGGUGCUCAACCUCCUCAUGCUCAAGUCACUUCAGUAUAAUCGUAACAUGUACUCUUGUGAAGAUGUAAACUUCAGCCUUGCCAUGCACAGCCAGGGGAUACCAUCAUUCAGGUUUGAUUACAUGACAGUUGCCAGGAAGUCCAUUGAGUCAGGUGGUGAGAUGACAGUMAAGCUGUUUGUCAACCCCAGUGAUAACAGCAGUAAUGACAACAGAACUGUUGACGUCAAUGAUUACAGAAAUUACGUAACUGCACCAGACACUGAAGACACCCAUUACUUCUCUUCACCAGCUCGUUACCUUCUUGAGAGAUAUCUUGCCGAAGGGGCUGCUUUAAAGCUGUUCAAGACUGCAGCCAAUAGACCUGACCAUCCUGUACUCACAGUCAACAACUACGUCAACCUGGGGCCUAAAGUYAGUGUUGAGUAYGUCAGCACUCACAACAUGAAAGACAGAAAGCUAAGAACCAAGGGAAUUGAUAAGAACAAGACAAGAUAUGGAGGUCUGUUGCUGUACUUCUCUGAUCCUGAAGUCACCAAAGAGCUUCUCCAACAGUUCCAGUUUUUAGAUGAUGCUCAGCUCUGUCUUGUUUGCCAAGAUCGAAACACUCUCAGACAAGAAGUGGUUCGUCUUGACCUGGAGGAAAAUUGGAGGUUCCGACUGAGAGAUGAGCUCCAGACAGCUAAUGACCCUGACGAUCCAUCAUUGUUUAUACUCACUGGAACGCAUGAAUAACUCCUGCAUGUUUGAUUGCCCUGCUAUUGUUUAUUUCUUCCUAAAGUCACAGAGAGAAUGAUAAGAACAUAGAAGACGCAAUGCUUGAACCAUUCAUCUUUAUGUUGAUCAUUUUCAAAGUAACUUGAUUUARAACAUUUGUAUUUCAGUCUAUGAUAAUCCCAUUUCCUAGAAGUAUUUUAUAGUCUGUGAUCAGUUAGAGAAAAUCCACAGUAUUUCAGUUUAGUUAUUUUUUUAAUGAUGUUCAAAACAUUGAUAUUUAUUUUAGAAAAACUGUUGGCAAAUUCAUCUUUUUCUUUCUGCUUUUCGUUUUUGUCUGWCAAUAUUYWAUUYUGUGUAAACAAACUUUAAGUUCACUCUUSGUCCUUUCAAAUUUUCAUUGAUAUUGUUUGGAGACUAUCAAUAUUGAAUAGUGUUUUUGACAAGUGGAAAGUUACUUUCACAUGCUUCAUUUAAGUAUUUUAAAACUACCCAAGUGUUUUCACUUGUAAAUUAGACUUUAGUUACCCUGCUGAUGUAUCAUUAUUCACAGUUCAUUGCAUGGCUUUGCUUGUGAGCCUCUUCUGUUUUAUCUAUCCUUCAUUGAUCCAUGAUUAAGUUUCCUAGAUAACUGUAAAUAAGAUUCAUGAUUUACCAUUGUUUACAGAAAAGGAAAUUACGUAAUUAUUGUAUAUUUUGUGACUUCACUCUCAAUGUAUGUGUAGACUGCAAUGUAGGUUAAAUCUCCCUUCUACAAUAAGACUCCAUCACAGUUUCCUAUGCCAUCUUGAAAGGUAGCCAUGCUUUUGCAUCAAUAUGACCAGCAAGCAUGCAAAUAAUGUAAAAYACCUUUCACGAAAUUACAGACAGCAAUACAACACUCAUGCAAAAGACAUAGCUACCUUGGUCAACAUGGCACUCAGRUAAUUCCUGGUGACUGUGAAAAGGGUGUGUUAUAUGCCUUAAUAUUGAUAUAUUUAUAGUUUAUGUAAUGUAGCAUUUCUCUACACAGAUGAAUUCCAUAAUAAAACAGAUAAUUAAAA